AUGGAGUCCAUGCUAAACAAGCUCAAGAGCACUGUCACCAAGGUGACGGCCGACAUGACCAGUGCCGUCAUGGGCAACCCGGUGACGCGGGAAUUUGAGGUGGGCUGCCACAUCGCCAGCGGCGGGCCCGGCAUGUGCUGGAGGAUCUACAACGGAACCAAGAAGUCAACCAAACAGGUGAGGCUGCCUGAGGGCUUCAUGGACUGAUAAGUAUAGGUCUGUUCUAUACUUAACUUGCUUAACUAGAGCAGUGUCUACCAACCCAGUCCUGAGGACUUACACAUGUUUGUUUUCCACAAUUUGUUCAAAGGAUGGAUGGGACUCAUUUUACCAUCUCCAACUGACACAAACUGUCAGUGGUUGUCCUGAUGCAGGUGGUCAUUCCUGUUUUAUUCUUUGUUCUUCCAGGAGGUGGCUGUGUUUGUGUUUGAGAAGAAGAUGGUGGAUAAGUAUCAGAAGUUUGACAAGGACCAGAUCAUUGACUCUCUGAAGAGAGGCGUGCAGCAGCUCACCAGAUUGCGCCACCCUCGUCUGCUCACUGUCCAGCACCCGCUGGAGGAGUCGAGGUAGGUUAAGAUUACCGUAUGCUUCCCAGUCGAAACAGUUGGCGCGUAUAUUCAGACUACGUUUUUGUUCGUUUUGGUGUUCGGCAACGUUCUGCAGUUUUUUUUUUCCGUCAGUUCGAGCACAUUAUUUUCUUUCUUGAGGCUUGUCCAAGUUCGGUAGCCGAAGUCUACGCCCUUUCGUCUGUAAUUGGUCAACAGUAGGGAUUCUUCAAUGAAGUGUUUAUUGUCAUUCGACAGAUGACUCGUUUUCAUGCAAAUUCUUUCACUUGAGAAAUACUGCACCAAACAUCUUGGUUAGAUGUAAAAUUGCGCGACUAAGACCGCCUCUGCAAAAACAUAACAUUUAUAAUUACAGACCUCUUGACUAAUCUUAGAUGAAUUCAGACUAUUUUAAGCACGUGUACUAGUUGCUACGGUGUCUCAAGAGGGACAAACAGUAAUAUUGCUGCUUUUUUUUCAAGUUUUUCAAGCGAGCACAGACGUUCACUUUGCCUAGCUGAGUUCUGCUAGGAGCCUUUACACACAGUCACACACGCAUAACACACACACACACACACACAAACAAACACACACACGCACGCAAGUCAUACAUACACACUCUGAGGCAUAUAUCUGUACCUGGUGCAAAGACUUUGUGUUUUCCUGGGGCAAAAGUUCAGGAUAUCACUGGGUUGCUUCCCGAGGCUGUGAGUCAGUCACCGGGGGCUGAUACUGUCAUGGUUCAUAUGGGGUCAAAUUACAUUAUGAAGGGCAGCUCAGAACAGCUGAAUAUGGAUUUUAAAGAACUGAUUGGGUCUCUACUUGACACCAACAAACGCCCCAUAAUAUCUGGCCCUCUGCCCUCCCUAAAUCGUGGCAUUGAACGGUUCAGCAGACUUUUAGUCCUCCUUAACUGGCUACGGGACUAUUGCAGCUCAGUGGGUGUAACAUUUAUUGACAAUUUUGAUACCUUAUGGAAACAAAGCUUGUAUAAUAAGGAGGAUGGGAUCCACACAAAUAUUUUGGGUUCCUGGAUCCUUUCACAGCAUUAUAAGGCUGUGUUGAGUCAAUGACUCAAGUCCAGGUCAUUUAAUCCCUACCAUUGUGUCGCUGAGUUGUCAUAAUGAAUCAGCAAAUGUACAUUAUCCUAGGGGCGUUGGAAGACACAAUGUAAAUAACCUAAUUUAUGUCCAUCUUUCUGCCCGGAAUGCCUCUGCUCAUCCUACAGCAUGCAGUAAUCAUAUGCCUAUGAACCAGAGUAAUACUGUUAGCACUGAGGUGGUGUGCCCUAGUAGGAAGUCCACUGUGUGCAGCUCACCCUGCACUAAUAAAAAUAACCUGAGUAUGUUUACCUCUGCUAAGCUUCCCAGUAAAGCAAGACAAAGCAUCCCAGAAAAGUGUUAGAAAUAGCCCACGUUAACAUAUGUAGCUAAAGAAACAAGGUUCAUGAAAUCAAUAAUUUGCUAGUAACAGAUAACAUUCAUAUUCUAUAUCUCUGAAACUCACUUAGAUAAUACCUUUGAUACAGUGGUAGCAAUACAAGGUUAUAACAGUUACAGAAAAUACAAUGGGGGCGGUGUUGCGGUCUAUAUUCAGAACCACAUUCUUGUAAAGCUUAGAGAGGAUCUCAUGUUAAAUACUGUUGAAGUAAGAUGGCUACAGGUUCACCUGCCUCACCUAAAGCCCAUUCUGGUGGGAAGCCGCUAUAGACCACCAAGUGCUAACAGUCAGUAUCUGGAUAACAUGUGUGAAAUGCUUGAUAAUAUAUGUGAUAUCAAUAGAGAGGUAUACUUUCUGGGUGAUUUUAAAUAUUGACUAGCUUUCAUCAGGAUGCCCAUUCAAGAGAAAGCUUCAAACUGUAACUAGUGCCUUCAACCUGGUUCAGGUUAUCAAUCAUCAGCCUACUAGGGUAGUUACAAACUGUACAGGAAUGAAAUCUUCAACAUGUAUUGAUCAUAUCUUUACUAAUGCUGCAUACAUUUGUUUGUAAGCAGUAUCCAAAUCCAUCGGAUGUAGUGAUCACAAUAUAGUAGCCAUAUCUAGGAAAACUAAAGUUCCAAAGGCUGGGCCUAAUAUUGUAUAUAAGAGGUCAUACAAGAAGUUCUGUAAUGAUUCCUAUGUUGUUGAUGUGAAGAAUAUUUGUUGGUCUGUGGUGUGUAAUGAUGAGGAACCAGACGCUACUCUUGACACAUUUUAUGAAAUUGCUUAUCCCAGUUACUAAUAAGCAUGCACCCAUUAAGAAAAUUACUGUAAAAACUGUUAAAUCCCAGUGGAUUGAUGAGGAAUUGAAAAAUUGUAUGGUUGAGAGGGAUGAGGCAAAAGAGAUGGCAAAUAGGUCUGGCUGUACAACUGAUUGGCAAACAUACUGCAAAUUGAGAAAUCAUGUGACUAAACUGAAUAAAAAGAAGAAGAAACUACACUAUGAAACAAAGAUAAAUGACAUGAAGAAUGAUAGUAAAAAGAUUUGGAGCACCUUAAAUUAAAUUUUGGGCAAAAAGGCAAACCCCGCUCAAUCAUUAAUUGAAUCAGAUGGCACAUUCAUCAAAAACCCACUGAUAUUGCCAACUACAUUAAUGGUUUUUUUCAUUGGCAAGAUCAGCAAACGUAGGCAUGACAUGCCAGCAACAAACGCUGACACUACACAUCCAAGUAUAUCUGACCAAAUUAUGAAAGACAAGCAUUGUAAUUUUGAAUUCUGUAAAGUAAGUGUUGAUAAGGUGAAAAAAUUAUUAUUGUCGAUCAACAAUGACAAGCCACCGGGGUCUGACAACUUGGAUGGAACAUUACUGAGGAUAAUAGUGGAGGAUAUUGCCCCUCCUAUUUGCCAUAUUUUCAAUUUAAGCCUACUAGAAAGUGUGUGCCCCAGGCUUGGAGGGAAGCAAAAGUCAUUCCGCUACCUAAGAAUAGUAAAGCCCCCUUAACUGGCUCAAAUAGCCAACCAAUCAGCCUGUUACCAACCCUUAAUAAACUUUUGGAAAAAAUAGUGUUUAACCAGAUAAAGUGCUAUUUUACGGUAAACAAAUUGACAGCAGACUUUCAGCACGCUUAUAGGGAAGGACAUUCAACAAGCACAGCACUUACACAUAUGACUGACUGAUUGGCUGAGAGAAAUUGAUGAUAAAAAGAUUGUGGGGGCUGUUUUCAUAGACUUCAGUGACAUUAUCAAUCAUAGUCUGUUGCUGGAAAAACGUAUGUGUUAUGGCUUUACACCCCCUGCUAUAUUGUGGAUAAAGUUACCUGUCUCACAGAACACAGAGGGUGUUCUUUAAUGGAAGCCUCUCCAACAAAAUCCAGGUAGAAUCAGGAAUUCCUCAGGGUAGCUGUUUAGGCCCCUUACUUUUUUCAAUCUUUACUAACGACAUGCCACUGGCUUUGAGUAAAGCCAGUGUGUCUAUGUAUGCGGAUGACUCAACACUAUACACGUCAGCUACCACAGCGACUGAAAGGACAGCAACACUUAACAAAGAGCUGCAGUUAGUUUCAGAAUGGGUGGCAAGGAAUAAGUUAGUCCUAAAUAUUUCAAAAACUAAAAGCAUUGUAUUUGGGACAAAUCAUUUACUAAACCCUAAACCUCAACUGAAUAUUGUAAUGAAUAAUGUGGAAAUUGAGCAAGUUGAAGAGACUAAAUUGCUUGGAGUAACCCUGGAUUGUAAACUGCCAUGGUCAAAACAUAUUGAUACAACAGUAGCUAGGAUGGGGAGAAGUCUGUCUAUAAUAAAGCGCUGCUCUGCAUUCUUAACAGCACUAUCAACAAGGCAGGUCCUACAGGCUCUAGUUUUGUCGCACCUGGACUACUGUUCUGUCGUGUGGUCCGGUGCCACAAAGAGGGAAAAUUGCAAUUGGCUCAGACCAGGGCAGCACGGCUGACCCUAGGAUGUACCCAGAGAGCUAACAUUAAUAAUAUCCAUGUCAAUCUCUCCUGGCUCAAAGUGGAGGAGAGAUUGACUUCAUCACUACUUGUAUUUGUGAGAGGUAUUGACAUGUUGAAUGAACCGAGCGGUCUGUUUGAACUACUGGCACACAGCUUGGACACCCAUGCAUACCCCACAAGACAUGCCAUCAGAGGUCAAGAACAGACUAUGGGAGGCGCACAGUACUACAUAGAACCAUGACUACAUGGAACUCUAUUCCACAUCAGGUAACUGAUGCAAGCAGUAGAAUCAGAUACAAAAAAAAGAUACAAAUACAACUUAUAGAACAGCGGGACUGUGAAGAGACACACAGGCACAGACACAUGCAUACACACACAUGAUAACAUACACACGUACACAUGGCUUUUGUGUUAUAGAUAUGUGGUAGUGGAGUAGGGGCCUGAGGGCACACACUUAAUGUGUUGUGAAAUCUGUUAUGAAUGUAUUGUAAUAUUUUUAAAAUGUAUAACUGCCUUAAUUUUGAUGGACCCCAGGAAGAGUAGCUGCUGCCUUGGCAGCAGCUAAUGGGGAUCCAUAAUAAAUACAAAUGAAUGCACACACACUACCUCUUUCAAUUUCAAUUCAAAGGGCUUUAUUGGCAUGGGAAACAUGUUUACAUUGCCAAAGCAAGUGAAAAAGAUAAUAAACAUUACACCCACAAAAGUGUCAUUAUGUCUAUAUACAGUGUUGUAAUGAUGUGCAAAUAGUUAAAUUUACAUAAAUAUGGUGUUUGUUCUUCACUGUUUGCCCUUUUCUUGUGGCAACAGGUCACGAAUCUUGCUGCUGUGAUUGCACAUGGGUAUUUCACCCAAUAGAUAUGGGAGUUGAUCCCAAACAUUUUUGGGGGAAUUCUUUGUGUGUCUGUGUAAUCAGGUGUGGGUCAGGUAUUCUGCCACUCUCUGUUUACGGCCAAAUAGCAUUUUAGAUAGCUCUGUUUUUUUUUGUUAAUUCUUUCCAAUGUGUCAAGUAAUUCUCUUUUUGUUUUCUCAUGAUUUGGUUGGGUCUAAUUGUGUUGUUGUUGUCCUGGGGCUCUGUGGGGUCUGUUUGUGUUUGUGAACAGAGCUCCAGGACCAGCUUGCUUAAGGGACUCUUCUCCAGGUUGAUAUCUCUGUAGGUGAUGGCUUUGUAAUGGAAGGUUUGGGAAUCGCUUCCUUUUACAGUGAGGAAAAAAAGUAUUUGAUCCCCUGCUGAUUUUGUACGUUUUCCCACUGACAAAGACAUGAUCAGUCUAUAAUUUUAAUGGUAGGUUUGUUUGAACAGUGAGAGACAGAAUAACAACAAAAAAAUCCAGAAAAACACAUGUCAAAAAUGUUAUAAAUUGAUUUGCAUUUUAAUGAGGGAAAUAAGUAUUUGACCCCUCUGCAAAACAUGACUUAGUACUUGUUGUACGUGACUUAGUACUUGAUUGUUGGCAAUCACAGACGGCAGACGUUUCUUGUAGUUGGCCACCAGGUUUGCACACAUCUCAGGAGGGAUUUUGUCCCACUCCUCUUUGCAGAUCUUCUCCAAGUCAUUAAGGUUUUGAGGCUGACGUUUGGCAACUCGAACCUUCAGCUCCCUCCACAGAUUUUCUAUGGGAUUAAGGUCUGGAGACUGGCUAGGCCACUCCAGGACCUUAAUGUGCUUCUUGUUGAGCCACUCCUUUGUUGCCUUGGUCGUGUGUUUUGGGUCAUUGUCAUGCUGGAAUACCCAUCCACGACCCAUUUUCAAUUCCCUGGAGGUUCUCACCCAAGAUUUGACGGUACAUGGCCCGUCCAUCGUCCCUUUGAUGCGGUGAAGUUGUCCUGUCCCCUUAGCAGAAAAACACCCCCAAAGCAUAAUGUUUCCACCUCCAUGUUUGACGGUGGGGAUGGUGUUCAUAGGCAGCAUUCCUCCUCCUCCAAACACGGCGAGUUGAGUUGAUGCCAAAGAGCUCAAUUUUGAUCUCACCUGACCACAACAGUUUCACCCAGUUCUCCUCUGAAUCAUUCAGAUGUUCAUUGGCAAACUUCAGACGGGCCUGUAUAUGUGCUUUCUUGAGCAGGGGGACCUUCCGGGCGCUGCAGGAUUUCAGUCCUUCACGGCGUAGUGUGUUACAAAUUGUUUUCUUGGUGACUAUGGUCUCAGCUGCCUUGAGAUCAUUGACAAGAUUCUCCUGUGUAGUUCUGGGCCGAUUUCUCACCGUUCUCAUGAUCAUUGCAACUCCACGAGGUGAGAUCUUGCAUGGAGCCCCAGGCCGAGGGAGAUUGACAGUUCUUUUGUGUUUCUUCCAUUUGCGAAUAAUCGCACCAACUAUUGUCACCUUCUCACCAAGCUGCUUGGCGAUGGUCUUGUAGCACAUUCCAGCCUUGUGUAGGUCUACAAUCUUGUCCCUGACAUCCUUGGAGAGCUCUUUGGUCUUGGCCAUGGUGGAGAUUUUGGAAUCUGAUUGAUUGAUUGCUUCUGUGGACAGGUGUCUUUUAUACAGGUAACAAGCUGAGAUUAGGAGCACUCCCUUUAAGAGUGUGCUCCUAAUCUCAGCUCGUUACCUGUAUAAAAGACACCUGGGAGCCAGAAAUCUUUCUGAUUGAGAGGGGGUCAAAUACUUAUUUCCCUCAUUAAAAUGCAAAUCAAUUUAUAACAUCUUUGACAUGUGUUUUUCUGGAUUUUUUCGUUGUUAUUCUGUCUCUCACUGUUCAAAUAAACCUACCAUUAAAAUUAUAGACUGAUCAUUUCUUUGUCAGUGGGCAAACGUACAAAAUCAGCAGGGGAUCAAAUACUUUUUUCCCUCACUGUAGGUGGUUGUAGGAUUUAACGGCUCUUUUCUGGAUUUUGAUAAUUAGUGGGUAUCGGCCUAAUUCUGCUCUGCAUGCAAUUUGGUGUUUUACAUUGUACACUGAGGAUAUUUUUGCAGAAUUCUGUAUGCAGAGUCUCAAUUUGGUGUUUGUCCCAUUUUGUGAAUCAUGGUUGGUGAGCAGACCUCACAAUCAUAAAGGGCAAUGGGUUCUAUAACUGAUUCAAGUAUUUUUAGCCAGAUCCUAAUUGCUCGCUCUCUCUCUACCUUCUUUUAUUACUCAAUCCUUCCUCUAGUUCACCAUCAUCCCCGUCUCUCUUUCUUCAUCUAACUGUUCCUCUUCUCCUUUUCUCUGUCAUUCUGAACACACUCCUUCUUUCUUCAUCUUUCUCUGUUUUGUAAUAAUUGACACACUAAUGUGAGCAUUGAAGUUGAAUUCUCUCUCCCUUCCUCCUUCAGGGACUGCCUGGCGUUCUGUACAGAGCCAGUGUUUGCCAGUCUGUCCAACGUGCUGGGCCAGUGGGACAACCUGCCCAGCCCCGUGCCCACAGACAUCAAGGACUACAAGCUGUACGACGUGGAGACCAAGUAUGGCCUGUUGCAGGUGAGACCCAAUACACACGCAAGUGUGUAGAUACACAUUCACACACAUGUCUUGUUGCUAUGUGUAUUGCUUGGCAGAUGUUUCAAACCCAAUUGAACUAACCACACCUCUCUUUCUGUUUAUUAAGUUGUGUCCCAGGCAUAUUUUUUUGGGGAUAAUUGAUUAGAUUGUGCUCCCAUGCCAAGUCACACAGCUACUUAAAAGGGCAAUCUGUGAUUGCUACUUCAAUUUUUGGACUUUUAAAUUAAUUAUAUGUACCCAUUGAUUCUUGAAGAAUAUAACUUAAUGCCUCAUGAGCUUAGUUCAACUGUCGUACACCUUCAGAACCCAAAGCUUGUUUUACUAAUUUGUUUGUAAACAAUGUUAUUGUAAACAAACACUAGCCUCAAAACAUGGUUAAAACUAUGUUGAUUUCAUGGAUGGUCAGUUCUUGCAUCCAUAGCUCUGUCUAGGAAUUUGGGAGUGGUAAAAAAAUCAAGCUCCACCCUUCAGCUUUUUACCAAAAACAUUGGUAUGAAAAAAUGUAUGCACUCACUAACUGUAAGUCGCUCUGGAUAAGAGCGUCUGCUAAAUGACUAAAAUGUAAAUGUAAAAAUGUGGGGUUUCACUGUUUGAACUGCAGAUUGCCCCUUUAAGGAGGAAUGCUGUGAAAUGUCACUGCUGCAUAAUUGAUCUGGGUUGGAGAAAAAAAACUGUCAAGUACAGCUUGAAUUUGUGUGUUAUGGUGUGAAUGUUUUUCUUUGUAAGUGUUAUAAAAUGCCUGGAACAAGCGAGAUGAGAUGAAAUAAUUAGACUGUACUUUAUUAAUCCCCAAGGGGAAAUGAGUUUGUCAGUAGUUAGUAUCACAGAUUGUCUUUCUGUUUCUCUUGUCACUGUUUUACCUCUCCUGUGUUUUAUCUGCUUUAUCCUCUGACUACUCUCCUCUCUCUUCUCCCUCCCUCUCUCUCCCCCUCCUUCUUUCCCUCUCUCCCUCAGAUCUCGGAGGGCUUGUCGUUCCUCCACAGCGGGGUGAAGAUGGUCCAUGGGAACUUGUGUCUGGAGAACGUCAUCCUCAACAAGAGCGGAGCCUGGAAGAUCAUGGGCUUUGACUUCAGCAUCUCCUCCACCAACCCCUCAGACGCCGAGGUGAGAUGGUCAGCACAGUACAGAGAGAGGGAGAUUGUGUUGGUGUGUGUGUGUGUGUGUCUGUUGACCUCUGUAGUUGAGUGGGUGUGCAUCUCUCUGUGUGUGUGUGUGUGGCCUGUGAGCACCUGUAUGUAUCUCUUCCUCUGUGUGUGUGUGUGUGUGUGUGUGUACAGUUGAAGGCGGAAGUUUACAUACACUUAGGUUGGAGUCAUUAAAACUUGUUUUUCAACCACUCCACACAUUUCUUGUUAACAAAAUAUAGUUUUGGUAAGUCGGUUAGGACAUCUACUUUGUGCUUGACACAAGUAAUUUUUCCAACAAUUGUUUACAGACAGAUUAUUUCACUUAUAAUUCACUGUAUCACAAUUCCAGUGGGUCAGAAGUUUACAUACACUAAGUUGACCUCAGAACAUUUUUUGUAGACCUCCACAAGUCUGGUUCAUCCUUGGGAGCAAUUUCCAAACACCUGAAGGUACCAUGUUCAUCUGUACAAACAAUAGUACGCAAGUAUAAACACCAUGGGACCACAGCCAUCAUACCGCUCAGGAAGGAGACGAAGACAAAGAUCGUACUUUUUGGAGAAAUGUCCUCUGGUCUGAUGAAACAAAAAUAGAACUGUUUGGCCAUAAUGACCAUCGUUAUGUUUGGAGGAAAAAGGGGGUAGCUUGCAAGCCGAAGAACACCAUCCCAACCGUGAAGCACGGGGGUGGCAGGAUCAUGCUGUGGGGGUGCUUUGCUGCAGGAGGGACUGGUGCACUUCACAAAAUAGAUGGCAUCAUGAGGAAGGAAAAUUAUGUGGAUAUAUUGAAGCAACAUCUCAAGACAUCAGUCAGGAAGUUAAAGCUUGGUCACAAAUGGGUCUUCCAAAUGGACAAUGACCCCAAGCAUACUUCCAAAGUUGUGGCAAAAUGGCUUAAGGACAACAAAGUCAAGGUAUUGGAGUGGCCAUCACAAAUCCAUGACCUCAAUCCUAUAGAAAAUAUGUGGGCAGAACUGAAAAAGCGUGUGCGAGCAAGGAGGCCUACAAACCUGACUCAGUUACACCAGCUCUGUCAGGAGGAAUGGGCAAAAUUCACCCAACUUAUUGUGGAAGCUUGUGGAAGGCUACCCAAUACGUUUGACCCAAGUUAAACAAUUUAAAGACAAUGCUACCAAAUACUAAUCGAGUGUAUGUAAACUUCUGACCCACUGGGAAUGUGAUGAAAUAAAUAAAAGCUGAAAUAAAUCAUUCUCUCUACUAUUAUUCUGACAUUUCACAUUUUUAAAAUAAAGUUGCGAUCCUAACUGACCUAAGACAGGGAAUUUUUACUAGGAUUAAAUGUCAGGAAUUGUGAAAAACUGAGUUUAAAUGUAUUUGGCUAAGGUGUAUGUAAACUUCAUACUUCAUCUGUAUCUGUCCUUACAUACCUGUCUCCACCCCCUUCCCCGUCCCUUCCCUCUCUCCCCCAGCCCAAGUAUUCCUGUAAGGAGUGGGAGCCCAACCUGCCUCCGCUCUGCCUGCCCAACCCAGAGUAUCUGGCCCCCGAGUACAUCCUGUCGGUGAGCUGCGACGCUGCCUCGGACAUGUACUCGCUGGGCGUGGUGAUGCACGCCGUCUUCAAUGAGGGCAAGCCUGUGUUCCAGGUCAACAAGCACGACAUCUUCAAGAGCUUCAGCCGACAGCUGGACCAGGUGAGGGGAGGGGGGGAGAGAUAAAGGCUUGAUGGCCAAAACAUGUCGACGUGACUGCUGAUCAAAAUACAAAUAAAUCAAAGUUAAAAUGAAGUUGAGUGCUGGUCCUCUUCAUAAAGUUAGAUUUCUCUUGAGCGACAGCACCAAGGACUCAUUCAGGCGACAGACCUUAGUUAGAAUGUAUCACGUCUUAUUUAGCAUUGUUGAGAGAUAUUAACGCCAUAGUUCACUGCAAUAUCUGUAAUGCAUCAUUGAUUCCAUACCUUUUUAAAUUAGUAGAUCUCACCCGCUCUCUCUCUCUCCCCCCCCCUCCCCAUCCCCUGUCUGUCCAUAGCUCAGCAGACUGAGCCCCACCAUGUUGAAUAAGAUUCCUGAGGAGGUGAGGGAGCACGUCAAGAUGCUGCUGAGUGUCACGCCCAACGUCCGACCUGACGCUGACCAGAUGACCAAGGUCAGAUCACCCCAGUGUCACCACAUAUGACCUUAAGUCACUAAUACAUCAGGAUACACUUUACUUUUCACAUAUAUUAAAGCAGGAUCACCAAGUCAGCUAGCUAACUUUGAUAAAUAUUUAGAAAUACCUUUAGAUUUUCUGAUUCAUUUAAUCAAGCUAAAUUUGAAUAUGGGUUUUUGGUUGAAUCAAUCCAUGCCCGUAUCAAGUUAUUUCAGAGCAUUUAAGCAAGAUGAACUCAUUGAUCCUGCUUUAUGACAUACCACCCAGUUCAGUUUAAUAAUCCCUUCUCUCCAUCUGGGUGCUUCAGAUCCCCUUCUUUGAUGACGUGGGGGCAGUGACGCUGGCCUACUUUGAUUCCCUCUUCCAGAGGGACAACCUGCAGAAGUCCCAGUUCUACAAAAACCUGCCCAAGGUCUUGCCCAAGCUACCCAAGGUUAGUGUUCACUGUGUGUGUUGCUCUUACAGUGCAUUUUAGAGUGGCCUAGCAGUACAUUCCUACAGUAGAAUGCUUCAUGCUCAGUGUACAGGUAGUUUGGAACGCGGUCUUCAAUAAUCCAGUCAAAUUGGGAUUUGCCAUUUUUUGGUUGUCCACUUUAUUCAACCGCAAAUAUGCGUUCAAAAGUGACCUAAUAAAAAUCAUUCUGAUUAAAGCCACUAUUCCUAACCCCUUUGCGUCCUGUCUCUUCUUCUCGACCCCAGAGAGUGGUGGUUUACCGUAUCCUCCCAGCCCUCACCUCAGAGUUCGUGAACCCAGACAUGGUGCCGUUCGUCCUGCCCAACGUCCUGCUGAUUGCAGAGGAGUGUACCAAGGACGAGUACGUCAGACUCAUCCUGCCGGACCUCAGCCCUGUGUUCAAGCAGCAGGAGCCUAUCCAGGUACACACACACACACACACACACACAGUGUAUCCCCAUACCCAGUUUUUAGGCCUACCUUCUAUGUUUGCUUGAUGUGUGUUACAGGGAUGGCAUGGUUAGAUAACAGACUAGAGGAUGCUGUAAACUUUAUCUGGUGACAGGGCUGUAUGUAUCAUACUGUUUCUCUCUGUCUCCUUUCCAUGCCUUCAGGCAAGCAAUAUGGUGAGUGGUCUUUGCUAAGCGUAGUUGCUAAGACAUUGCUUGUGCGUCGCGCGCGCGUGCGUGUGACACCCUAAUGCUUAAAAAAAGAGCUCACUUUAUUCCUAGUUUCAAUUCACUGGUAGUUACACAUCUCUCUUUGUAUCUGUCACUCUCCCAUCAUUAACCCUGGAUGAACCGCGUUUAACCCUCUGUGUCUAUCAGAUCCUGCUGAUCUUCCUGCAAAAGAUGGACCUGCUGCUGACCAAGACCCCACCAGAGGACAUUAAGAACAGCGUUCUGCCCAUGGUCUACAGAGCCCUGGAGGCACCCUCCAUCCAGAUACAGGUACCACAGACAACCACAUCAUGAUUGUACGACGUGUUUAUUCCACCGGCAGAAAGAGAACUGCAAUACAGUUGAAAUGCAAAUGAAAUAAGGUUAGGUUUAGGAUUGAGGUUAAGGUUAGGUUUAGUUUGAGUAUGAUUAAGGUAAGGGUACAUUAGCAUACUGUUGUCCGUUGCCAUUCAUUUUCUGCCGGUUAAAUAUACACUGGCUUGAUUUAAUGCAUAAUUUGUUGGCCGGGUACUGUGCAUUGUAAAAGAGAGAGAUCUCUAUUUACCUAUCCAAAUAAGUCAGUGAUGUAGUGAAGGAAGUAAAGGGAGGUCAAUUGCGGCGUUAACGACUAACCACUGACCCCAAAUCCUGAACGUACACUACCGUUCAAAAGUUUGGGGUUCACUUAGAAAUGUCCUUGUUUUCAAAAGAAAAGCAAUUUUUUUGUCCAUUCAAAUAACAUCAAAUUGAUCAGAAAUACAGUGUAGACAUUGUUCAUGUUGUAAAUGGCUAUUGUAGCUGGAAACGGCUGAUUUUUUUUAAAAUGGAAUAUCUACAUAGGCAUACAGAGGCCCGUUAUCAGCAACCAUCAGUCCUGUGUUCCAAUGGCACGUUGUGUUUGCUAAUCCAAGUUUAUCAUUUUAAAAGGCUAAACCCUUUUGCAAUUAUGUUAGCACAGCUGAAAACUGUUGUGCUGAUUAAAGAAGCAAUAAAACUGGCCUUCUUGAGACUAGUUGAGUAUCUGGAGCAUCAGCAAUUGUGGGUUCGAUUACAGGAUCAAAAUGGCCCAGAAACAAAGAACUCUUCUGAAACUCGUCAGUCUAUUCUUGUUCUGAGAAAUGAAGGCUAUUCCAUGCGAGAAAUUGCCAAGAAACUGAAGAUCUCGUACAACGCUGUGUACUACUCCCUUCACAGAACAGCGCAAACGGGCUCUAACCAGAAUAGAAAGAGGAGUGGGAGGCCCCGGUGCACAACUGAGCAAGAGGACAAAUACAUGAGUGUCUAGUUUGAGAAACAGACGCCUCACAGGUCCUCAACUGGCAGCUUCAUUAAAUAGUACCCGCAAAACACCAGUCUCAACAUCAACAGUGAAGAGGUGACUCCGGGAUGCUGACCAUCUAGGCAGAGUUGCAAAGAAAAAGCCAUAUCUCAGACUGGCCAAUAAAAACAAAAUAUUAAGAUGGGCAAAAGAACACAGACACUGGACAGAGGAAGAUUGGAAAAAAAGUGUCAUGGACAGACAAAUCGAAGUUUGAGGUGUUCGGAUCACAAGAAGAACAUUUGUGAGACGCAGACCAAAUUUAAAGAUGCUGGAGGAGUGCUUGAUGCCAUCUGUCAAGCAUGGUGGAGGCAAUGUGAUGGUCUGGUGGUGGUAAAGUGGGAGAUUUGUACAGGGUAAAAGGGAUCUUGAAGAAGGAAGGCUAUCACUCCAUUUUGCAACGCCAUGCCAUACCCUGUGGACGGCGCUUGAUUGGAGCCAAAUUCUUCCUACAACAGGACAAUGACCCAAACUAUUUAGGGAAGAAGCAGUCAGCUGGUAUUCUGUCUAUAAUGGAGUGGCCAGCACAGUCACCGGAUCUCAACCCUAUUGAGCUGUUGUGGGAGCAGCUUGACCGUAUGGUACGUAAGAAGUGCCCAUCAAGCCAAUCCAAUUUGUGAGAGGUGCUUCAGGAAGCAUGGGUUGAAAUCUCUUCAGAUUACCUCAACAAAUUGACAACUAGAAUGACAAAGGUAUGCAAGGCUGUAAUUGCUGCAAAUGGAGGAUUUUUUGACAAAAGCAAAGUUUGAAGGACACAAUUAUUAUUUAUAUUAAAAAUCAUUAUUUCUAACCUUGUCAAUGACUACAUUUCCUAUUCAUUUUGCUAUAUUUCCUAUUCAAACUCAUUUAAUGUAUGUUUUCAUGGAAAACAAGGACAUUUCUAUGUGACCCCAAACUUUUGAACGGUAGUGUAUAACUAACCAUUGAGAAGAUAAGAAAAACCUGACCCUAGACCAGCGGUUAGCAGCAAAUUCAACCAACUUUGUAAAGCUCACAUGGGAACCUCCAUAGAGAUUCUAUAAUACGCCUGACCAAGACAGACAAUAUUUUGGCCGUUGCUAUGAUCCCAAUGUCCAUUCGAGAGUUCUAGGCUAUAUGUGAUUCUAUGGAAACCGCUGCCAUUAAGUCAUCACCAAUGCUGUGCCCUAUAUUUGUGUGCCCCCCCCCCCCCCCCCCCAGGAGCUGUGUUUGAACAUAAUCCCCACGUUCGCCAACCUGAUCGAGUAUCCCUCCAUGAAGAACGCACUCAUCCCCCGCAUCAAGUCUGCCUGUCUACAGACCACCUCACUUGCAGUCAGUCUCUCGCUCUCAUUUGACUCUCUCUGUCUCUCUCUCUCUCUCUCUCUCUCUGUCGCUCUCUCCCUCUGUCUCUCUCUGUUGAUCAAAUGCACAUGGUUGUUUUUGACUGACCAUUGAUUGCCAGUUAAUUGUACAGAAAUAUUCUGAUUGUGUGUAUGUUUGACCUGUGUGUGUAGGUGAGGGUCAACUCCCUGGUGUGCCUGGGGAAGAUUCUGGAGUACCUGGACAAGUGGUACGUCAUUGACGAGAUCCUGCCCUUCCUGCAACAGAUACCCUCCAGAGAACCAGCCGUACUCAUGGGGGUUCUAGGUAACGGAACAUCUAGAACGUUUUAGAAUCUAGAUGAUAGUCCUAGGGAUAGUUCUAGGCUAACACUUAAAAACAUGAACUAUCCAUUUAACAGUAUUGAUACAUUUUCUGUUGAUGUUUGUUGUGGCUCUGAUCUAUUGUGGAAUGGUUGUAUGAUUGUUUCCACCCAUAGGGAUCUAUAAGUGUACCUUCUCCCAUAAGAAACUGGGCAUCCCCAAAGAGCACCUAGCUGCCAAGAGUCUGCCUCACCUAGUCUCGCUCAGUAUAGACAACAACCUCAACCUCAACCAGGUAGGUAGAUAAGCGCACACACACACACACACACACACACACACACACACACACACACACACACACACACACACAAGGUUUUAUUCAAACCCUCUCUCUGUGUGUUUCAGUUUAACUCCUUCAUGGCUGUGAUCAAAGACAUGCUGACUCGUAUGGAGGCAGAACACAAGACCAAACUGGAGCAGCUACACAGCAUGCAGGAACAACAGAGGUAUCAAUCAAAUCACUCUUUCCCUCCUGUCUUCCCCCUCAUGUUUUAAUGUCAGGUGCACAACUACAGUGAAAUGCCUUUCUUGCAGCUCUAACCCCAACAAAGCAGUAAUCAAUAACAAUGUAAUACUCAAAAUAACAAGGUAGAACAAACACACAUGAGAUAUAAAAAUAAGAAAAACACGAUAAAGUAAGUAAGCAUACUAUAUACAGGGUUAGUCAGUUCCAGUACCAUAUUUACAAUGUGCAGGUAUACUGGUUCAAUAGAGGUAUAGGGGUAAGGUGACUAGGCAUCAGGAUAUAUGAUAAACAGAGUAGCAGCAGCGUAUAUGAUGAUUGUAUGUGAGUGGGUGUGUGUAGAGUCAGUAUAAAUGUAUGUGCAUAUUAUGUGUGUGUGAGUAAAUGAUGGAGUGUGUGUUGGAGUAUCAGUGUGUGUAGUGUGUAAGGCCCUGUGAGUGUGCAUUGAGACAGUCCAACCUUUUUGUAUUUUAUUCUUAUUUUUGCACUGUCAAUGCACACUCACAGGGCCUUACACACGUUAUAAUGUUUUAGACUGUUCUGUUCUUUCUGUAUUUACUAUAUCUUCCUACUUCUCCUUUUCUUAGUCAACAAUGACUCAGGAAAUACUGUGUGAUGCAAAUUAAUGUUCAGAAUCUGAUUAGAAAGAUGAGGGUUGAGUAAUGUUUGAUUCUGUUUGUGUGAGACAAAUUCCCUUGAAUGCAAUAGUUUGAGCUAUUCUGUCUGUCCUCCUCAGGAGUAUGAAUAUCAAUACCAGUCAGACGAACCACUCAGAAGAGACGAAGCGCACCCCCAGCCCUGGCAACCAGGUGAGAGGUCAUUUCCUUGACAACAAUGAGAGAGGCGAUUGCCCAGAUGAGGCAAAAACGUGUGCAUGAAGGCUUGAUGUAUGUGAUUUCAUAUACUUGUAGGGCCAAAUGUAUAAUAAAAUGUAUCUUGGCAUGGGUUGGUGUUAUGGCUUAUUGAAACCGUUGUCUUUUUCCAGAUUGAUGAUGUCUUUGGAGGGAGUUCUGGGAGUGCAGGGUUUAAUGGGAAAGUGAACGGAAGCUAUGCACCAGCUCCCCAACUCAACAGAGUACGUACUCAGCAUCUUAUUCAGUAGGCACAGACCGGAGCAAACGUAUUGCAAUGGAAGUCAGUUAACAUUCCUAUUAAAUAAGCUUGGGUGGUGCAUGUUCUGUUUGACUCUCUUUUUGUGAUUGAAUGUUACCAAACCCAUCUUAUCUAUCCUAACCUUGUAUAGCUGCUAGUGUAUAUUUCUGUUCUCUCUCUCCCUGUCCCUCUCUCUCUCUCUCUCUCUCUCUCUCUCUCUCUCUCUCUCUCUCUCUCUCUCCGUCUCUCUCUCUCCCCGUCUCUCUCUCCCCGUCUCUCUCUCCCCGUCUCUCCUCUCCCCGUCUCUCUCUCUCUCCCCGUCUCUCUCUCCACCCGUCUCUCUCUCCUCCCCGUCUCUCUCUCUCUCUCCCCGUCUCUCUCUCUCCUCUCCCCGUCUCUCUCUCUCUCUCCCCGUCUCUCUCUCCCCGUCUCUCUCUCCCCGUCUCUCUCUCUCUCCCCGUCUCUCUCUCUCUCUCCACGUCUCUCUCCUCUCUCUCUCCACGUCUCUCUCUCUCUCUCCACGUCUCUCUCUCUCCACGUCUCUCUCUCUCUCCACGUCUCUCUCUCUCUCCACGUCUCUCUCUACGUCUCUCUCUCUCUCUCCCCGUCUCUCUCUCUCCCUGUCUCUAUCUCUCUAUCUAUAGAUGUCUCUGACUCUGGAGGAGAAGCAGCGGUUAGCCAAGGAGCAGGAACAGGCAGCCAAACUAAGAAACCAGCCAGCACUAGCCCCCCAGAGUAUCAAACCAGCUACUCCUUCUACCCAGGUAGUAGACACAUACAUAUACAUAUACAUACAUACAUACAUACAUACAUACAUACAUACAUACAUACAUACUCGUGUGAAAAUGUAUAGUUUCUUACUUGGUAGCCAUCCAUGGUUACACUUUUUUAACUCCUCAUAUAGAACAGUCACAAUUACAUCUGCAUCAUUUAUUAGUUUGAUGUUUAGAUCGAUGUAAUCUGCUUUAGUUUCCACUUCAAACCUGCCACCUAUUUGUCAUUGAGAUGAUAAGCUGAUUUGACCUGAUGUGUUUGGCAGGCCAAGGACCUGACUAGCAGCCUGCUGAACAAUAUGACACCCCUGGGCAGCCUGUCCCUCACCUCUCCCCCCAGACCAGGCAUCGUCCAGGGCAGCACCAUCUCCUCCUCAGCCUACCCCUCCACCACCCCCAUGGGCUCUAUGGUCAGCAACGGUUACAACCCAACCAUGGGCUUCCAGACAGGGGGGAUGGGCAUGCGGCCCCCCUGGCCCCGGCCUCUACGGAGGGAUGGCCACCACCACCAGCACCCCUAACUUUGGUGCCCUGACCCAGAACCAAGGGUGCACCAAGACCCCUGACAUGUCUGCCUUGGACUCCUUAUUCACUUCCAACAAGCCCAAAGUCGGCCUCAACCAAAUGGCUCCUCCCAAGCCCACCCCCGGGACCACCGCCACCCCCUGGCUUAAUCAGUUUGGUUCGGCCCAGCCCAGUCAGACUGCCCCGAUGCAGGGCGCACCAUUAGCCAUGGGAGGGGUGGCCAGUGGGUUCGGGAUGCAGGCCAACCCUUUCUUCAGCCCGCAGAACUUCUCUCAGCCCACGGCCGCUCCCGGAAUGAAUGCUGGUGGUGGGCUCAGACAUAGUGCGUCCGUCAACAACGACCUGAAAGACCUAUUUGGCUGA